AUGUUGCCAGAUGCGCAACCUCGCGCCGACCUUGUCGUCCGCCAGCUAUGGAAUCUGCCCACCGAGACGAGCAGCCAGACACAGGCGCACUGUACCCCCUUCACUCUCCCGAGUAACGGCGUCAUCCAGCUUGGCGACUCCUCAGCCAUCACCCUCACCACCGAUGUCAUCUUCCAGCCAGAAUGUACCGGCGCUCCGCUCGGCGAGACUUUUCCCAUUGGCUAUCUCAGGGAUCCGUUCUAUGCCUCGACGAUACCCAUGGUCUAUGUCAUCGCUGCCGCGACCGUCAUUGCCUGGGUCCUGGUGGUUAUGUUAACCAUCACUCCGCGCACUUCAUUCUUCGGUCUCCCCAACACUGCGCCUGCUUUCACCAACGGACAUGGCAUAAUUGGCGGCGCAAAUGGAGGCAUGUCGGGGCUGUCUGGAUCGGGUUCAAGACCAUGGUUACAAAAGGUGGCAGCGAUACUCGUGGCUAUAUCACUUACCAUUGCAACGGCAGAUACGCUGGAAGUUGCACAGAAUCAGUACUAUGCGGGAUACAUGGACGCGGGCGACAUGCGAAAAGAAGUUCUGGGAUCUCUUGAAAUACGAAUCACGCGUGUGAUAUCCGACAUAUUCCUCUGGCUCGCGCAGGUCCAGACAUUGAUACGACUUUUCCCGCGGCACAAGGAGAAGGUGCUCAUAAAGUGGAUCGGGUUUGUCCUGAUCAUCCUGGAUACGAUAUUCUCAUGUCUAAACUCAUUCUUGAUCAACUCGCAACCAAAGGGUCGGCAUUUCGUGGACGCCAUACCGGCGUUGUCAUACCUCUUCGAACUGGCACUUGGACUCUUAUAUGCGGCCUGGGUCAUGUACUACUCCCUGACGAAACGACGAUAUUCCUUUUACCACCCGAAAAUGCGCAGCAUCUUGCUCAUCGCGUUACUUUCCCUGGUCUCCAUCUUAACUCCCGUGGUCUUCUUCAUCACCGAUGUUUCCAAUCAGGACGUCGCCGGCUGGGGUGACUAUUUCCGAUGGGUUGGCGCCGCCGCUGCGAGUGUUGUCGUCUGGGAGUGGGUUGAGCGGAUAGAAGCCCUGGAACGGGACGAUAAGAAAGAUGGUAUUCUUGGAAGAGAGGUCUUCGAUGGCGACGAAAUGCUCGACCUGAUGCCGAGUGAAGAAGCGGCAUGGACUCAAAGUCGAAGCUUACGGCGCAACUUUCGAAGACCAGGUGGCAGAGACGAUGAUCUUGGAGGCGGCAACACAGCGAACGUGGUUGAACAAGGCCUCACUGGUGUCGCACAUCGCUUUCGACAGAGGCACCAGCAAUCACCGCAACACUUUCCACUUGGACGAACACACUCUAGCUCAGAGCCAAACUCGAGUAGCGAUCAGCAGGCUCGAGCAGACGGGAGGACAGGCACCGUCACGUUUGACGAUCAGACGCGGCCGAGUGAGCAACGUCGGAGCAAUGCUUUGGGCGGGCCAACGCCACCACUGCCCAUCGCCAGUCCUGUCAGCAGGGACGAAUCGAACAGUGCAGCAAGUACUGUGUACGUGGUUCGAUAUCACCCGGUAGCUGAUGUGGCUCCACCGAUCCGACGGCGGAACCAGCAAAGGAGGUCAGCCACACAACAACGAAGAUCCGACAUCGAUGAGCUCAACGAAAAAGACAUCAUCGAGGAGGAUGAAAACGAAGUCAACAAGAACAGACAUCGCGAACAGUCGCGAUGGCUUUCUGUCCCUAACCCAUUCAAGAGGAAACGGACCUCACCGCCGCAGGAAGUGCAAAGAGCUCGCGCUGCUGCUACUGACGGACCGAGAGCAUGUACGCCUGCGUCUACCUUUACCAACUGGGACCUCAGGAAUUGUCUGGGCACAUUCACAAAUGACGCUGGCGGCAAGCUUCGCGACCGCACUGCUCGUCGCAAGCCGGACGCCCCCUUGCCUGUAACUAUCAUCCCUGCACAACCACGAGGCAGCGGGAGAACGUGGAGCCCGGACCAGCAUGCCAUCAUGACAUCGCCAGCACCGGCAACGACGCCAGCUCCAAUGGCAGCAUCGGCCCCCGUCAAUGACGAUCAGGAUACGCGAAAUUCGAAUGGCACGACCUCGACGACUUUGACAUCGGAAACUCAGCAGGUGCAGGUCUCCUCUACGCCACAGGCCAGACCACCACGCGCCGAGGAUUUCAGCCCAAGUCAUCCUGUCACUGCGCGGUCGACUGCCUCUCCUAGCAACCGGAUAGGACCCCCUCGGGCUGACGAUAUCAGUCCUGUUAAUCGCAGAGCUGGCACUGUGGUAGUCCCUGCGCCCAGACGGACGCCCACACACUUUAACACAGAGGUCCCCUCGAGGAACAACACAGGCAGCGCUGGAUCUGUCCCCACAGGCUCACACCGCCACACACCCUCAAACGGGUAA